CAGAACGGCGGACCCUGUGCCCUAUAACCUAAGCCCUAAGUGCCGGGUUAGAUCCGGACUAGUCCGGGGCAAGUGUCGACGUCAUUCUUCACGGCAAGAAAAUACAGGCCAACUACGGAGUAUUCCGUAGAAAGUGAGACACUAGCCACUAGACACUAGCAUGACUGGAGCGGAUCCGUGGGCGAUGUGGGCCAUGGUAUCAUCUAUCGUCCGAGACGUAAAUGAUUUUGGGUGAGUGGAUUCUGUACAGGGUGUAUACUAGUGGCAAACAGCCGGAGAGUGCAAGCCGCGAAAAAAAAAAAAAAAAUCAAAAAAAAAGCAAGGAAGAAAGAGAAGUCGAGGACACAAAAAGCAAUGAAAGUAAAGAAACAACACCAGCCGUAAGGAUAUCGAUCGCUCCCCGCCAUCAAACUAUGCAGAAACAACAUCAACUCCAUGUCCGUGUAUGUGUGUUAUAUGUACUGGUACAAACACAUCGGGUUCCCACAACCUCCAGAUAAGCCCUAGCUCGCACCAUCCAAGCCCAGAAAUAUAUGCAAGCCAUCUAA